AUGGCCAAGCCAAAAGUAGUUGUGGUUGGAGGCGCUGGAGGCAUCGGCCAACCGCUCAGUUUGUUGCUAAAAUUGAACAGCAAUAUUGGGCAUUUGGCGCUGUAUGAUGUUGUGAAUACUGCUGGAGUUGCCGCAGAUCUCUCGCACAUUGAUACUCCGGCCAAAAUCUCGGGCCACACUGGGCCAAAAGAGCUGAGAGAUGCGUUUAGAGUGAGUUUUAUGAGCAGUCUGUCGCGAAAAUAAUAUGGAUUUGUUGCAUGGGCAAUAUCAGUUUUUUUAUCUGUCGGGAAAAUAAUGUGGAUUUGUCGGUGAAAAAUGUCGAUCAUCCUUGUCGCGGUCCCGCACAAAAUCUCCAGUCGCGGCUGGCCGUAAAGCGAGCGAUAAUGGCCGAUUCCAAGGAGUGACGAAUCUACUUUAUUUUCCCGACAGGCUGAUAUCAGUCUGUCGGGAAAAUAAUGAACACAAGGUCGCUGCGCCAAUCGCGAAUGAAAAACAAUUUGAUUUUACCGCGACAUGCGACAGACUUCACAUUACUUCCCCGCCAGGCUGAUAUCCCAUUCCAACCUUUGUUUCUGAUUCUCUGUAUAUUUUGCAUGUGAGUUCAACUAGGCAAUGAUUAUUUCCUGAAAAUUUUAGCCGCACUGUUUAAUGGCGGCCGAGAUAUUUAACGGUCAUUUUCGAGUGCUCAUACGAAUUAUAUUAUUAUAAUAUCAGUCUGUGGGGAAAAUAAUGAGGGGUUUGUCGCAUCGAAAAUCGCAUCGCCGCAAAAAUAAAUUUGUGUCGCGGCAAAAUCAAGUUGCUUUUUAUUUUAGCGAUGGGAUUGGCGCAGCGACAUUAUACUCAUUAUUUUUCCGACAGAGGCAAAAUUUAAAAAAAUUGCAUCAUUUGUGCAUUAUAAAAUUUUGCUUUUUCAGAACGCUGACAUUAUCAUAAUCCCCGCUGGGGUCCCCAGAAAGCCCGGGAUGACUCGAGAUGAUCUCUUCAACAUCAACGCUGGAAUCAUCCGAGAUCUGGCUGAGGCCGCCGCUGACGUCGCGCCAAAAGCGCUGAUCGCCGUUAUAACGAACCCAGUCAACAGUACCGUACCGAUUUUCAGCGAGGUCUUCAAAAAGCGCGGCGUCUACGAUGCUCGCCGAAUUUUCGGCGUCACAACGUUGGACGUUGUAAGAGCUCAAACGUUUGUGGCGGAAAAAGCCGGACUGGACGUGAAGAGAACGGAAGUGCCAGUUAUUGGAGGCCAUGCUGGGAUUACAAUUAUCCCGCUGUUGAGUCAAGUCAGACCGGCGGUCAACUUCAAUCAGGCUGAAGUUAAAGCGCUGACCGAGAGAAUUCAAGACGCUGGGACGGAGGUUGUGAAAGCCAAAGCUGGAGCGGUAGGUCGGGGUUUGGAGGGGUGGUUCUGGAGGUGAUACAGGAUUUUGAAGAGCGUUUGGGGGGAAAUUUAGACCUUGGAUAUCUAGGAAGGAAAAUACUUCUAUGGGGUAUGGAGUUACAGGUCGAGACAAUUAUCAAAAAAUUCGCAAAAUUUUUUAUUUUUACAUAUUCUGAGUCAGAAAAAUUUGACAAUUUUUUUUGAUAUAUGCCUCGAUCCAUAACUCCAUACCCCCAUAGAAGUACUUUCCUUGUAAGAAAUAUGAUUUUUAGCCGGCGUUUUGCAGAAACAACCGAGAUUUUUUUAGGUCAAAAAUUGUCGCAAAAUCAAAAAAAAAAUCAUAUACCAAUGACAGUAUACCAAUUUACACCCUCCAGAAAACCCUUUGAUGCUGAGAGCGUAAAAAACAUGUCCAUAUAAAGAUUUUAAUAAAAGACGAGCUUUAAGAUACCAAGAAAAAAAUUUGCAUAUAAUUUGCAUAAUUUGGAAGGAAAAUUUACGAAUUUAUAUCCAUGUAUUCUGCGUACCACCAGCAUUAAUAUUUUUUUGGAAGGGCGCAAAUUGGUCCACUGUAUCAAAAGUUAUGGCCCAAAAUGUCCGGCCAAAGUCGAUAAAAAGUCAGGUCACUCGAGUACCACUCCUCUUUUUCUCUGCUCUCUCGGCUUUUUCUGUGAUGCCGCUAACUCGAGUUAGCGCCCUUUUUGUACGUGAAACAUCCCCCUGAGCGUCGCAAUUUUAAUAUUUUACUUGUGAAUUUCAAUCAAUUUUUGACAAAAAAAGCCGGCUCUUUUAAUUAAAACGUAUUCAAAAAAAAUCAUCAAUCUUUUAGAGCACAUAACCAAUAAUUUUUUAUUCCUAAAUUUCCAAAAAUUUGCAGGGCUCCGCCACCUUAUCCAUGGCCUAUGCUGGCGCACGAUUCGUCGAAUCUCUCCUCAAAGCCCUCAACGGUGAACGAGUUGUGGAAUGCGCGUAUGUCAAGUCUAACGUCGUCAAUGGCGUUGAAUAUUUCUCAACACCCCUUGAGAUUGGACCCAACGGAAUCGAGCGGAUCCUCGGAUUGGGAGAGAUCUCGGAUUUCGAAAAGAAGUUAGUCCAAGAAUCGCUGCCGGAAUUGAGAAAAAAUAUCGGAAAGGGCGUCGAUUUUGUCAAGACUAAAUUGUAG